AUGGCUCUCGACCGCAUUCUCAGCUUCAUCCUCCGGGCCGCCGAGCUCGCCUUUGCAGCCAUUGUUGCCGGUAUCGUCGGUCAUUAUCUUGACAACUCCGAGGCAUCGGCCUGGGAUAAUGGCCGUCACAUUUACACCAUCGUUGUCGCAGCCCUGGCUAUGCUUCUCUCCCUCCUGUGGCUCCUCCCCUUCUCAAGCGCCUUCAUCCACUGGCCUGUCGACCUCUUCAUCUCCAUCCUUUGGUUUGUGGCAUUCGGCCUGCUUGUUGAUCUCAUUGGUAAUGGUUGCGGCGGCGUCUUCAACUGGGGCAACGUUACCGUGACGGGAGACGACGCCUGUGGUCGCAUGAAGGCCGUCGUCGCCUUUUCCUUCCUGUCCGCCAUCUGCUGGCUCGCUUCUGCCAUCAUCGGCUUCUUCUGGACCCGCCGCCGCACCACCACCACCCAUAGCCGCCCGGCCGACGGUCGUCGCACUUGGUACCGCUCUCGCGUCUAA